GGCGAGAGCCUCUGCGCCUUGCUUGAUGAGGAUCUCCUCCUGUUGCGCUGACGCCAUGGACGCUCUGUUGUGUGACUUGACAGAAGCCUUGGACUCGUUUAGAAAAAGGCGCGACCGUUUGAGAUUUAUUUCUCCUACGCGACACAAGCUGGCCCACGAACCAUCUCUUCUGUCAUGGAUGCAGCCAUGAACGCUGGCGAGAGAGAGUCUUUGCUCAAUGCAGAGACACGCUCGUGCCCAGAUGCUCACACAGUGACCCAAAUUGCGCGCAAGAUUCGCUACCUGAUUCAAGAGCUGCUUCCAAUUCAAGUCAAAGAGUCGCACAUCACAAAUCCAAAGUCGCGCAUCGUUACUGAAGGCGUGCUCGACUUGUGUGAAAAGGCUGGAGAAGAGCUGCCUGGCUGUGUCGUAUUUGCGACUCUGUUUUGUGCUCAGCACUUCAAGAGGCUUUGUGUGACGAACCUCCCGGAUGCAGACGUCAAUUCGCUCAGGCAAGUUGCUGCAGAAGUCAUUGCCAAGCGUUUAAUUGAACGCAUCACGGAUACUGAUUUCUUACUUUCUGAAGCUCUCCUUCGACGUUACUCCAUCUGCAAAGGUGGUGAAGAUACUGUUCCCAAGAGUGCACUUGAAACUGCCGUGGACUUUCACUUCACCCGCGUUGUCGCUUGCAACAAUGCCCAAAUGGUAGUGGACUAUCUUUGGAACGGCGCUUACCUGGUCAAGUAUGACGAGGACGACUCGAGCAGAGUAGCACCGUACUCGGCAGGCACCUCUACCAACUUUUGGCGACACUUCCAAAUCUCCCGAGUGACUGUGCCGCGCUACCAGCAUCUCAUCACCAUGUUCUUCAAUGUCUGCUUUCUUGCUCUGUACACGGCAACCAUCAACACCGCAAACGAUUCUGGUGAAAUUGAUGCAGCGGAGAUCGCCAUGUGGCUCUUUGUCCUUUCUUACCUACUUGAAGAACUGUCUCGCGCUUACAAAGUAGGUAAGGCCUAUCUCAGUUUCUGGACGGCAACGAACUUGUUCCUGUACAGUGUCUUUACAGCUGCUUUGAUCCUGCGUAUCGUUGCCGUCAACCUGCAUGACCAUGAUCAAAGGUCCCACCUCAUCAUCGUCAGCUACCGAACACUGUCUGCAGUGUCACCAAUCAUGUGGAUGCGCUUCUUUGUCUUCUUUUCAAGCUGGAACCAGACUUGUGGUCUGUUGCUCAUUUGUCUGCAAGCAAUGCUUGUUGAAACGAUUGCCUUUUCUUGGUUUGCUCUUGUUGUCAUUAUCGGCUUCCUGCAAGCCUUUCUGGGUUUCGACGAGGCUGAUGGAACGGUCGAUGCUCUUAAGAGUAUUCUCCACACAAUUGUCCAAGGAACACUUGGCAGUCCAGACUUUGACUUUUACAAGGGCUCCUUUGCCAUCAUUCUCUACUACAUUUUCAGCUUCCUCAUCGGUACCAUCAUGCUUGGCAGUAUUCUGGUUGCUUUGUUCGCACAAGCCUACUCGAAUGUUUAUGAAAACAGUGUGGAUGAAUACUUGGCACUUCGCACGCAGAGACUUCUCGAGUUCAUUCGUGCUCCCGAUGAGAAUGUGUUUUGCGCUCCAUUGAACUUGAUUGAGCUCUUCCUACUACCUUUCGAGCUUGUCUUUAGCCAACGAUUCUACAACAGUCUCAGCAAGCGUGUCAUGUUCUUGCUCUACUGGCCGUUCUUGGUGCUCAUUGCUCUGUAUGAGAGUCGUGUCCUGGCAUACAGUAACAUUGUCGCAGAUCAAGGCGACUUCAAUGAUGACGAUUGGGGAGAUGAGAUUGAUGAGCAAACGGCAGAUUGGCAAAAAGUUGUGGAAAAGGGUCUUCCUGCUGCAGAGUCGGAUAUGGAGAUCUUGCUGGAGUUGAGGGAUCAAAUCAAGGAGCUGGAGGAGAAGCUUUCACAGCUGCAAGAGAGACGCGGUUGAUGACAGCCGAGAAGUGAGCGCUGCAAGGUUUGGAUUGCUUCGUCUGGAUAGAAGCAAGACAGUGCAUGCCAGUCAGAGUCAUGAAACAUUUUGAUAUAUGCUUGCUUCAUUGCUGUAGUCCUUAUGGUCGAUUGUAUAGGCCGGAAUGUGCUUUGCCUCAUGAAAUUUAUCCUGGG